CCUCAAUCAUUCCUGCGAGACGUUGCCCUGCACAGGCCUGUGGUUGGUGAUUGGUUAUCUUAGGGCUCUCCAGCCAUUAAGCCCUACCAGAAAGAAGGUGAUAUGUAAUGUGGCAAGCCAGAAUGAUCCAGGCAGGCAUGGCCAAAGAAACAACCUGGUCUACUAUUACUGAAGAUAUGGGAUCUGAUGGUGAAACAAAGGUGUUCGGCCACCGCCGCACCGGCUCGGGCGGCGCCGCCGCCUUCAAGGAGCUGACCAAGCGCGACGCCCAGAUCCGCAUGGCCACCGAGAUGGAGAAGCUGCUGCUGACCGUGCCGGAGAGCCUGCGGGAGUCGUACCGCAGCGAGUCGGAUGGCUUCCAGCGGCUGUUCUCGCGCUUCAUCCUGGAGAAGGGGCCGCAGAUGGUGUGGGACAACAUCGCGCCGAUCUCGGACGAGACGAUCCGCUCGUACGGCGAGUUGAGCGACCCGGCCGCCGACCAGCUCAGCGCGCAGCUCGACAAGCUGGUGGUGGUGAAGCUGAACGGUGGCCUGGGCACCUCCAUGGGCUGCCAGGGCCCCAAGUCGCUGAUCGCCGUCAGGAACGACCUGACCUUCCUCGACCUCACCAUUCAGCAGAUCGAGCACCUGAACAACACGUACAACUGCAAGGUGCCGCUGGUGCUGAUGAACUCGUUCAACACGGACGAGGACACGCAGAAGGUGCUGCGGAAGUACACGGGCUUCAACGUCAAGAUCUACACCUUCAACCAGAGCCAGUACCCGCGCAUCAACAAGGAGACGCUCACACCGGUGGCCAAGACCAUGAACGUCAACGACGACCCGGAGGCGUGGUACCCUCCCGGUCAUGGUGACUUCUAUCAGUCCUUCCACAACUCGGGGCUACUUAACCAGUUCAUUGACGAGGGUCGCGAAUAUGUCUUCAUUUCCAACAUAGACAACCUGGGCGCCACGGUCGACACGGCCAUCUUGAGCUCGCUGCUGAACCCGCCGUCUGGCGAGCGGCACUGCGAGUUCCUCAUGGAGGUCACCGACAAGACACGCGCCGAUAUCAAGGGAGGCACGCUCUGCGAGUACAUGAAGAAGAUCCGGCUGCUGGAGAUCGCGCAGGUGCCCAAGGAGCAUGUGGACGAGUUCAAGUCGGUGAAGAAGUUUAGGAUCUUCAACACGAAUAAUCUGUGGGUCAAUCUUAAAGCCGUAAAGCGGGUGCUGGAGCAGGAGCUGCUCACCAUGGAGAUCAUCGUCAACCCCAAGACGCUGCCCAACGGCACCAACGUCAUCCAGCUGGAGACGGCCGUCGGUGCCGCCAUGAAGUGCUUCAACGGCGCCACCGGCAUCAACGUGCCCCGGCGGCGCUUCCUGCCGGUGAAGAAGACGGACGACCUGCUCCUGGUGAUGUCGAACCUCUACAACCUGAAUCAGGGCAACCUGGUCAUGUCGCCGCUGCGACAGUUCGCCUCCACCCCACUGGUCAAGCUCGGUCCCAACCACUUCGCUAAGGUGGCCCACUUCCUGAAGCGGUUCGCCUCCAUCCCGGACAUCAUGGAGCUGGACCAUCUGACCGUCUCUGGUGACGUCACGUUCGGCAAGGACGUCUCGCUGAGGGGUGCGGUGAUCAUCGUGGCGAACCAUGGCGACCGAAUCGACAUCCCGGACGGCGCGCGGCUCGAGAACAAGGUCAUAUCGGGCAACCUGCGCAUCCUGGACCACUAGGCGACUCCGCCAACGCCUCUGGCGGCCGGCCGGCGCACCACGGCCGCCGGCCGGCCGCCGCCGCCGCGUCCGGCCACGUGCAAUGAAGACCGCGGACAAUUUGGUCCGACAGAUAUUAACUGUAGUGGACGUAGAACGGUACUCGAACAAGUGGCUACCUCGCUUGCCACCCCGCCGUGCACAUGCCGCCUGUUACCGCCGCGGGUCGCGUGGGCGUUUGUUACAGUCCGUCAGCAGACGGAGUCCGGGAGUGGGCGGGUCGCCCGCGGGGGCGCAGGACGCUGUAGGAGGUGGGGGCACGUGCCAUGAUUUUAGCCAGCUGAGGCUUGCGGAUAGUCGCCGCUCCCUAGCGCUGCUCCCUGGUGAAACGGGCGUUGCCAUGGUAGCUACGGUAGUUGUAGGUGAAGGGACGGGGCACGAGGGUGGGGCAUGCCGCUUCGCAUUGUACAAAUAUCCGA